GGGCUCCUGUCACACCGGCUGGCGGGUUGUGGCGGUGCCAGCCCGCGUGAGCGAGUGUGUGCGCGUUGCCUGCGCCUGGGCGGGCGGACCCGGAGCAGUAGUGCGAUUCGCCCGGGAGGCGGCUCCGCAGAGGCGUCUCGCUCGCAGACGCCGAGGGGCCGCUUUGCAAACUUGCGGCGGGCUCCGCGCACCCGGGGACCCGCGGACGAAGGUGCGGGGCGCGGUGCACACGGAGGGCUGGGGCUGCGGGGCCGGGCCGCGCCUUUGCCCUUGGCCCGCGCCUUGGCGAGCUUCAUGCAGCCCCUGUGCUCGCCGCCGCCGCCGCAGCUGCCCCGGGCAGGUCCGGGACCCGAACCCCGCGCCCCAGCGCCUGAGCGUCUGCCGACCGGCGGCGGGAUGCUCCGUGUAGCCUGAGAGCGCCGCGUCCCGGCGCUAGAGGAGCCGGCUCCAGCCAGGCGCCCCGGGCAUCGCGAGGAGCCGUACGCCGCCGCCGGCGCCCGUCUUCCCGGCUCCGCUCGUAGGCCCCGGCUCCGCAAGCCCCGGAGUGCGGCGGGGCAGCCAGCCAGCCAGCCGCGCUCCUCGGCGGCAGGGGCAUGGAGGAGCGGCGGGCUCCGAGCCGCGCCCCGGAGUCCCUGAAACUUCCCAGCAGGCGCCCGGUCGCGCCUCUGCCGCUGCCGCCACCGCCACCUCACCUGCCGGCCUGAGAGCGGGACCAUGGAUGAAAGGUUCAACAAGUGGCUGCUGACGCCGGUGCUCACUCUCCUCUUCGUGGUCAUCAUGUACCAGUACGUGUCCCCUUCCUGCACCAGCUCCUGCACCAACUUCGGGGAGCAGCCCCGCGUCGGGGAGGCCCGCCCGCCCGCCGCCCCGAGUCCCGCCCGCCGGGCACAGGCGCCCCCAGAUGAGUGGGAGCGGAGACCCCAGCUGCCCCCACCACCCCGGGGACCACUCGAGGGGCCUCAAGGGGUCGCGGCUCCGGAGGAUGAGGAUGAGGAUCCGGGGGACCCCGGGGAGGAAGAAGAGGAAGAGGAGGAGGAGCCGGACCCCGAGGCGCCCGAAAACGGCUCCCUGCCCCGGUUCGUGCCGCGCUUCAACUUCACCCUGAAGGACCUGACCCGCUUCGUGGACUUCAACAUCAAAGGGCGCGACGUGAUAGUGUUCCUGCACAUCCAGAAGACCGGGGGCACCACGUUCGGCCGGCACCUGGUGAAGAACAUUCGUCUGGAGCAGCCCUGUAGCUGCAAAGCCGGCCAGAAAAAGUGCACCUGCCACAGGCCGGGCAAGAAGGAGACCUGGCUCUUCUCUCGCUUCUCCACCGGCUGGAGCUGCGGGCUGCAUGCCGACUGGACUGAGCUCACCAACUGCGUGCCGGCCAUCAUGGAGAAGAAGGAUUGUCCCCGCAACCACAGCCACACCAGGAAUUUCUACUAUAUCACUAUGUUGCGGGACCCAGUGUCACGUUACCUGAGUGAAUGGAAACAUGUUCAGAGAGGAGCCACAUGGAAAACCUCUCUCCACAUGUGUGAUGGAAGGAGCCCCACCCCGGAUGAGCUGCCUACUUGCUAUCCAGGGGAUGACUGGUCUGGGGUCAGCUUGCGGGAGUUCAUGGAUUGCAGCUACAACUUGGCCAACAACCGGCAGGUGCGCAUGCUUGCUGACCUCAGCCUGGUAGGCUGCUACAACUUGACUUUCAUGAAUGAGAGUGAGCGAAAUACUAUCCUGUUGCAGAGUGCUAAGAACAACCUGAAGAACAUGGCCUUCUUUGGGCUCACGGAAUUCCAGAGGAAGACACAGUUUCUCUUUGAGAGGACAUUCAACCUGAAGUUCAUCUCCCCUUUCACACAAUUCAACAUCACACGGGCUUCCAAUGUGGACAUCAAUGAGGGAGCCCGUCAGCACAUUGAGGAGCUGAAUUUCCUGGACAUGCAGCUUUAUGAAUAUGCAAAAGAUCUCUUCCAGCAACGGUACCACCACACCAAACAGCUAGAGCACCAGAGGGACCGCCAAAAGAGGCGUGAGGAGCGGAGGCUGCAGCGAGAACACAGAGCACAUCGAUGGCCCAAAGAGGAUGGGGCCACAGAGGGGACUGUCACAGAGGACUACAACAGCCAGGUGGUUAGAUGGUGACCCUCCGCCUGCUCCUUCUUCAUGAUGGGGAGAUAAGCAGGCACCUUGUCCUUCUGUUGGAAUACAUUGAAGAAGCUGGGUCAGGCUGAGGAUCUCUGGCUGUAUGUGACUUAAUUCAAAUGUCUGCUUCUUCUUCGUCUUCAUUUUCAAACCAACUGGAAAUUUUCCAUCUUAAUUUUUUUUCCUUUUCUAGACAUUUUCUGAUCACUGAUAUAAGUGGGGUGGAAAUGUAUUAAACAGACCACUUUAGGGGGUCAGAAGAGAGGCCUCAGAAAGGAGACAGUGUAUAGUAUCUUUGCCACUCACAGUGGGUCAGUUUGGGAACCUGAGGCCUGCAGAAGUACAUAGGAAAACCAAAACCACGGCUUGUAUGCUCUGCUGAAUUCAUCACACUGCAGCCAGUAGACCAUUGGUCUAUUUAGAGAAAGAGAGAAAGACCCUUCUGCCCUUAGAUGGCCCUUCUCACUCUGUGUUAAAUUUGGGAACUGUUCAAAUGAGGUUUAAAUCACGAAUAACAUGGUUUGUCUCUGCAGAUGGUUUUAAACAAAAUUACCAUAAUACUGACCAUAGCUAGAGACUCUUAGCCUACAAACGCUGAUAUCAGAGCCCUAAGCCACAGAUCCAUUCUGUCUUUUAGGGGAUAGGGAGUGAACACAAGAUAAGGUUGGUUAUGGCCUAAGAAGUUAACGCUGAUGGGACAUUUGGGGGAACACACUUACUUAGUAAUGACUAAGGAGAUUGCACUUGAUCAGCAUUAAUCCUUCAAGUAAAGAAUACAUUUUUAAAAACUAGGAGAAUGAGAGCAAAGAAAGCAGAAGAAAACCUCCAUUUCUAAACCAGCUUUAGAACCUUAGUUGUUACAUUAAAAGAAUGUCAGAUUCUUGCCUUUGUGGAGCAGACACAUUCUCAGCCAGGUUUGAAAUUCUGCUAUCACAAAAGAAAAGAUGUUUUCAAAAAUCUUGAGUUAGUGAACAGGAUCUGAACCAAUGAGGACACACAAUACAUUCCAGGUCAAUAUAUGAGUGAGGCCAGGAGCUGCAGCAUGGCAUCUAUCAGACAGUUACAUCAGUUCAGAAGGACACUGCACCUGACAUUUACAGGGUGCUUUAACCACUGUCUUCCCACAUGCCUGUUCUGUGGCUACAACCAGAGAACCAAGCUACAGCAUACAAAAGUGGACAAAAAAUAUGCUGCAUUGCCCUGGGUUUCUUGGUUUUACCCUUCCUAAGCCACAACAACAGACACUUCUGGAAAGGGAUAGGAAGGGGGGAGUUGAAAGCCUUUGCCUCACAUUCAGUGGAGGAGCAGAGUGAGUAGAAAGUUUUACGUGUUUGUAAGAUCAAUCCUUUCAAGCAGCUAAAGGCCAAAGGCUUGAGACCCAGAAAUCAGACUGGAACGCCUGUUUCACUGAUGUCCUGUGUGUUUGAUGUUUAAGCCAGCUUUACACAAGCCACUUCAGAAUGUUCUCUCUGGGGUCGAAAGGCCAUCAUCUCCUAAUGUUUAUGGAGGGACUGAUGCAAGGGAGCCUAGCAUCCUAGAUUCCAAUGGAGAAGUAGCUUUGAUGUUUCUCUCACUGUGCUUGGCAUCUAGUGUACUGAAUGAAAUGAUAUCAUUGGAUAUCAUGCAUGUUCUCAGAGAAGCCCCAUGCUAUACCUUGAAUAUAUGCAGCAUAACAAGGUGGAUAUUGCUAGUCCUCAUUAUAUAGCUGAGAAGAUGAAGCCCACAGAUGGGAUGAGGCUUCUUUGAAGAUUGUAAGGUAGACCUUGCUGGCCACAAAACACAAGAUAUAUAUUCACAUAGCACUUCCCACAUGGUGUAAAUCUUCCUGCCAAUCACAGAAGUAGCCAGAUGUUCUCACACGGAAGUGUUUGCUCCUGAUCCACAGAAGUGGCGUGAAGUGAUGAGACUACACUUGCAGUGAUCCUAUCCUGAGUCCUUCUCCCCCAGGGUGAGUUCCUCUCUCAUCCUUUUCUCACUAGUGAGCUGAAUGAUGGAAGACCUCUUUAGAAACCAUAAUUUUUGAGUUACACACAAAAGUAAAUUUAAAGUGGACAAUUAACUAAGGCCUUUUCAUUGGUAGAGAUGAAACCUCUCAAAAUAUCCAUGUGUCUCUUUAUGAUGAUUUGCUCCAGAGAAGGGAGGGAAAAGGGGAAGGGCAGAGGGAUGAGAAGAACACAUUCAGUCAUUGAGAUCUAAUGUUCUGCCAAAAAUGGAAACCUGAAAACUGUGCCUCUGUCAUCAACUGUGAUACAAAUAUACAUACAUGCAAUGCACACACACACACACACACACACACACACACACACACACCUCAUUGUUUUUUUCAAAUGGGAAAUCAAAAUAGACUAGAAAGUAUCAGAUUGAUUCUUUUAAACUCACUUUACAUUUUUGGCAAGGAAUCCUGGAGGCAGCCCCUGCUACCACCACAUUAUUCCUCUGGAAUCUUAGAGUUUAUAUCAGAAGGCUUUCCGCCUACUCAAGGCUGAGUAUAGGAUGCGUGGCCCUGCCUCCACUUGAAAACAGACAACAGGAUGAUGUGAGAAGAAGAAACCAUCUCUGUGUUGGCCCCAGGCUUGUGCUAAGUGAAUUGGAAAGAUUAGCAUGGGCUCCCUCACUCAUAGAGUUCCAUCUGGAAGCAUCACAGUUGUCAUAUCCCCAGGGUCCUGCUUGAUAGAAAUGGAGAGGUGGGAUAUAGUGCAGUCUCUGAAAACUGACUGCACAGCUCAAUGCUGGGGGAUGCUGCAGGAAGAGAUGCCAGUGGCAGGCACAGGAAGCUAAGGAUGCAUGGGAACUCAUCAGCCUUAAGGUCUCAAACCACAUCAACUCCAACUACAUAGACAGGAAAACAAUUCCUAGAUAACUCCACUUCUUGUGUACUCCUCCAAUUCCCAGGUGGGUAUUUUUUCCCUUCUCUUGGCAGUUGCAGCACAAGACAGUGGACUGGAGUAUAUAUGUGUUUGGGGUGUGUGUGUGUGUGUGUGUGUGUGUGUGUGUGUGUGUGUGUGUAGUGUGCCACACACAUUUUGUUCAUAUUUUGAUAUGGACUAAGACAGAUACUUUUUUGUCUCCUUCCUAGAAGCCUACUCUUGAUACUGGGGAAAACAAUUAAUAAUCCCACCAAUCAAUGUUGACAACACUUAAGAAAAAUUAUGAGUUACUGAAAAAUAUAAAGAUGUGUUUCUUUAUCAAAAACCUAAUCAACAAUUUGAACUAAAGAUCUUCAUUUGAUCAGACCAUUAACAUAAUAGUUUUAGAAGUCUGGAUGGAGAGGAGACUAAUCCUCUCUUACUGCUUCUUCAUUCUUAGACACAGCAUCUACCUCCUGGCCCAAAGUGUCUGCUAUAACCACAGCCACCUAAUUUUCCCUUAAGACAGUGAAGUGGUAGCCCAGGAAUCGUAGGUACUGCUUGCAGUCACGGGCCAUUGGCUGGAGUCUAGACAUCAGCCACUUCUCUUCUUGUUGCAGAGAAGACAAGAAAAUGUCUUAUUACUCAGUGCCGGGCGGGUGUCUUGAUAAGUGAGGGGAGCGCUACUGUUAAAGAAAUGGUGGAAAAUUAAUACUGAUAGGAAACUAUCAGUCCCCCAAACAAAAGGAAAUGGAAAAAAUGCCAAGUCCUUUUCAGUAUCAUUUAUUUUCUCAUCAAGUUUACAAAUGAUGAGAUUAAAAUUCACUCUGUCAGCGUUUAAAGAUUUUCAUAACAUUUUGUGUGGUAUCUCACUUGGCCUGCCUUACAUUCUUAUGUACUGACUGACAUUUCCAUUCUUUUACAUUUGAUCAUUUAGAAUGAAGAUUCAGAGAUGUUGGAAGAUUACACACACACACACACACACACACACACACACACACACACACACACUCCAGUUCUUAUUCAUUUGCAAGGAAGUUGCUCAGAGCCCAUGGUCUUUUGGCAUUGGAGUUUUUCCUACAACUAUAUUCUCCUUGGCAUCAGUAUUAGGACUGGGAAUUGCAAGAAUGGGAAAUCUAAAUCUUUAUUGAUUUCUGUCUUCCUUCAACUUGUUGUGGAGCUGCAGUGACCUAGAAAAUGCCAUGGACAGGUCCAGUAGACUCUCAGUUCUGCCCCCAGUGAAGGGGCCUCUUACUUGAACAAAAUGCUCAGGUAGAGAGUGGUACAAGGGAGUCAGAGAAAAGCACAGGAAUCCAGGGGAGACCUCAAAUACCUCUAGCUGGAUGUCGAUCCUAUUCUACCCUCAAACUACCCAACACGGAGGCUGAGGGGACAAGCUUACAACUCCAACGGGAUACACAACAUUCAAGAAAUUCAGAAUCAGUAGCUGCCUGUUAGGAAAGCUUAAGGGGUGAUCAAUAGGACCUCUGCUCAUAAAAUGCCUCCCUCCCUCUACUGUUCCCCAGGUCACUGGUAUUUUAUCAGCAGCAUAUUGUUAUAGUUAUUACAUAUUUUUAUGUGGUAUUCCUUUGCCCAUUGCUGGAGGAUGACAUGCUUGAAGCUGUAGUAAAUAAACAGCUUCACCCAAUCUAUCUGAUUCCUUCCCAGACAUGUCAUCUGGCUGAGAAGAGGGUCAAAUGGGGUCACAUGAGACAGAGAACUACAGGCAGCAGGGGCAGCUCUAGAAGAAAGUAGGGCCCAGAAGGACAGACCACUCAUCAGAUGGGAACUCAUCAGCCUUAAGGUCUCAAACCACAUCAACUCCAACUCCAGCAGAGACAGAUGGUUAAAAUACGUGCCAGUCAAUAGUGGAAUAUAAAAAAAUGGUGAAGACAUAGCUUUUGUCCUUAGGAUGAAAGGUAGCCCAGAAACAUGUGACUUAAUUCUUCUAGCCACUUAGAAAAGCACAAGAUGGGGCACACCCACAAGGCAGAAUUAGAGCCUCAGGUAGACCUGGGGUUUGAAGGCUAGGGAGGAGGAGUUGGACUAAACAGAGAGCUGUUUUUGACACAGGCAAGAACACUUGGGUGUGAUCACAGCUGUGGUUUUAGGUUUUCCUUUUCAAACAUUAUUGUGUGUCUGCUGGUCACCAGAACUUCAUCUGAAAGCCUCAAGGCUGGGUGGUGGGCUGGUUUAGGUGACCAACGCUACCCAGUUCAUGACUUCUGGGGAUCAUGCAGCUGUUCUUUUCUCUCAACACUUCUGGCUUCCCUUCUUACCCUGUUCUAUCUCUGCUGGACACUAGUCAGCUCUGUUCUCACCAUAUUCACCAGGACACAUCUGAGUGAGUUCUUGGAAACUCAAUGAGCCCUCCUAGGCAAGUAAGGGAAUUAUGGGUUUUGUCACCUGUUGGAUACAACAGCCGUGGACCUAUCUUUACCCUCUGUUGUCAGAACUGACCUCCCUGCAGCAAUGCUGAGAAUCCUGAUACCUGGCCUGUUGUGAACGUUAGAAUGCUUACAAGCCUCCGCACGUCUCUGCAAGGAUGAGGGGUAGCCUGAUUGAACACUGGAAUGCUGAAUUUGCAGACACUGACAUGAAGAUGUUUCUGGAGCCUGUCUUCUUCAAUAUCCACAGGACAGAUUGCAACUGUCUACCUUCAGUAAACUGAGGGUGGCUCUAUGAGAUCUACAUUCUGCCUCACUGUGGGAAAGGCCAGAGAUCAGGACUAAAAGUCCUCAGCUCUUGCUGGGAAACAAUGUCCUGACAAGCAGUUUUGUGUGACUUAGCCAUGAUCCUACACCUUUCAUCUCCUUGUCAUGCUUUGUUUAAAUCAUAUGACCAAGAAUUUUCUUCCAGAAGAACUUUCUGGGUUUUGCUUGCAUUUUGUUCUUCUUUUCUUAAUGUAUCAAAUCAAUGUUAGAAAAAUCUAAAUCUUUAUCUGGUGCCCCAUUCUAGAUGUAAGAUAGUAAUUCAAUAGAUGCAAAUUAUUUCUUCUAGGAGGUGUUUCUUCUUUUGUUUCUGUGCAGUAUGUAUGAACUUGGUUAUUAGGAGACUAUAUUGUGACAUUACCAACCUUUAUUGCUAUUUAAAAAGUGAUAGUUUGUAGAACUGAGAUUCCCAUUGAUGUGAAGCACAAAAUUUAAUGAAUAAGUUAACAUAUUAAACUGUUGUGAUGUCAAGAAUAA